AGGGCGCAGGUGGAGGAUCUAGGUGACGGCAGAGGCUAAGGCGUUUGAGAGAGAGUCGAGUGCCUGCCAGCUCCUGACAUCGCCCCCCGCCGCUGAGAGCCACGCAGCGCCCGCACCACCGCCACCAUGCACCGGCACAGCAGAACACUGGAACCUUCCCCCGCCAGUGUGGAAGAGAAGUGGAGGAGGAAGCUGCCUUACCGCAUCUACGACUAUAACUACAAGGUGGGCGAGAGUUACUACAACCCCCAGACAUCCUACAUCGAGGAGCGGGACAACUUGUGCAAGAAGUCUGACCCGCCAGAGUGUGCUUCCUUCGCCGAGCGGUUCGCGGCUCGCCCCUUCUACGGCAAAUACGGCCUGCCCUACGGGGAGCACCAGGCUGCCCUCAACCAGCCCCUGGCCCACCCCAGGCGCUCCUCCAGUGGCAGUCGCGGUUCCAGGAACGAGCCUGACGACGAGCCACUGUUCGGUAGGACAGGCCGCGGCCGUGACAGGGCGCCCCGCAACCGACGACUCUCCUUCAGCUUUGACGAUGACGACGAGGACUUCGCGCCGCCGCCGCAGCCCAGGAGGAGGUUCUCGCUUGCCGACAGUCUUGACUUCAAGACGCCCGUCAGCAAGUACGUGGACUCAGACUACGGGUUCCGCUCUUCGGUGGGCAAGGAGAACACGGCCAACGACAAGACGGUGAUCCCCAACGUGCUGAGCGACGCCAUCAGGGAGGACAUCAAGAAGCUGGAGAAGCAGUUCCGCAAGGCAAACACGCUGGACCGCGGCACGGGCGGCAAGCGCUCCCAGAGCUGGACGGAGGUGGUGUACAACGACGCGAUGAACGCCCCGGGCAAGAGGUCCGUCAAGAGGGAGAACGUGUCCUUCACCGACCCCAAGACAGGCAGCAACGUGCGCAAGUCUUCCUACCAGGAGAGCAGCAGAUUCCAGAGCUCCAAGCCGCCCCGCGCCCCCCCGCGCCCCAUGCGCCUGCUCAGCAUGGAGGACGCCGCCCCUGAGAAGCCACGCGCCCGGCGGCGCCAUGUCAGCAUGAGUGACGACACGGACUUCAACUUGUCCUCGCGCAGCAGUCUGAAGAGCGACAGUGACGACAAGUUCAGCUCGGCGAGGAAGAUGGCGGUGGAGCGGCGCGCCAAGGAGUCCGAGGAGCUCACCAACAACAUCAACAUGAUGCUGGACAAGAUGAGGAAGCACAGCCUGGGCGAGCUGGACACCUUCCCCCUCAGGAACACCGACGUGCCCCGCCGAACCCGCUCCGUCCGGUCAAGAUUCGCUUCUUCCUACGGCUACUCCAAGUAAACUCUCACCACUGACCCCUAUCGACUCUGGCGGGUGUGAUCCGCCCCCUCCCCCACACCAUUGGUUCCCGCGUGGCGAGAUUCCUGUUCCAUUCUCUGCCUCGCGCCCGCCGAGCAGAAACGAUGAAAGAGGCUCAACGAAACCUUCCCAGACCAAAAUUACAGACACCCGCUCCCGUUCGAACACUUUGAGAUAGCUUAAGCUUCCCAUAAUACUUUUAUUUUUGUGACUGACUUCCUCCUUCCACCAGUGCUCGUGUAAGCGGUUUUGACGCGCAUAGGCAGCUUCCUGUGACGUCAUCAAUAACGUGUAGAUCUAUUGGAUACUGUCCUCGAGCGAUCCCUUGCAUCAUCCAAUCACAUCUCACCUUGCUGUGACGUCAUCAACUCUAUCAUUGGACUAACACUUUAAGGCUUCAGUAUCGUCAUAAUAUAGAGGUUUUUGUCUUGUUCUCCCCCACACAUCCCGCCCCGCGCCUCUAGCACAUAGACUGUUCGUGCCGUACAUCACAAUAUUCAAGCAAUUCUAGUAAGUCUAGCUAAAUUGUUCCCCCCGACGACUCGAGCCAGUCACCAGACUUGGCAACAUUGCUCUUGUUAACUAAUUGUAUAUUUUAAAGAAUAAAUAAAAGUACAAUGUCG